AUGAUGGCGCGAGUCACGGACAACGGAGCUGUCUCAGAGGCAUUCGCAGUGACCAACGGGCUGAAGUGGGGAUGCGUGCUGGCACCAACCCUCUUCAGUCUUAUGCUCUAUGCCAUGCUGAUGGACGCCCACCGUGAUGAGCACCCCGGGAUCCGCAUCGCCUACAGGACGGACGGUCACCUCCUGAAUCAACGGCGGAUGCACUUCCAAUCGCGCGUAUCCACAACCACCGUUCACGAACUUCUCUUCGCCGACGACUGCGCCGUGAACACCACCUCGGAAGAGGACAUGCAAAGGAGCAUGGACUUCUUCUCCGCCGCCUGCGAGAACUUCGGUGUGACCAUCAACACGCCGAAGACGGUUGUCAUGCACCAACCGCCACCCAACACAAUUCACAAUGCGUCACAAAUCAGCGUUAACGGAACCCAACUGCAAGUGGUGGACAACUUUACGGAUCUAGGCAGCACCCUUUCCCGCAGCACGAAAAUACGGGAUGAAGUGGUCCGCUGGAUUACCUAG